AUGAGAUUGACCGGCAGCUGCAAUCUGUUGAGAGCCACCAGAGCGAGCUCGAAGCCUGGCUUGACCAGUACGAAAAGCAGCGAUCAGCUUGGCGGACCGGACCAGGAGCGCGAGCGGACCUACAAGCUGGCCGAAAACGUGACCGAUCGGUUGGAGGAUAUGGGCAAGGACCUGGGCAAGAUGAUCUCUGAGAUCAACGACAUCUCGGGCUCGCUCAACAAGGGCAACAAGCCUGACGAUCCGCUCAGCCAGGUUGUCCGUGUCCUGAACGGGCAUCUCCACCAGCUCAAGUGGAUCGACGACAAUGCUGCGGCGUUGGAGGCUAAAGUCAAGGCUGCGCAGAAGGCGACCAACAAUAUGGGCACCAACUACGGUAACCAGGCGAAUGAUGCAGUGGCUGGCUUUGGCCGAUCGUAUCUGGGCCGGCGGUAAGGUGAUGUUCUGAACCCUAGAGGCGGGAAUCUUCAAGGAGAUACAUCUGUCCAUAGCCCCAAAAAAUGGAAGAGGGGGGGGGGGGGGCUCUCUCGCCGGGAAUGCGCACAUCCCUGGUUUCCUAUCUAUUGACGAGCGAGGAGUCCGACCUUCACGAAGCAGAGCAAUCUGCCUAACAGGCCGUUCAUAACCAUGGGUGUUUCGAGAGUCAUGAAUCAUUAGGCCACGAGGAGAUAAUACCAUCGUCCAGGAGGACAUUUUUUACCAGCACGGCAGGGUCCUGUGUUAUAUGAUCAUGGAACCCAAGAUAAAGGAGAGGCAUGACGGAGCAAGAAACGUUGAGCACGAAUACUCCAUAGUCUUGAGCCCCUUCUUGGGGGAGAUCGUCCAUAGAAGUGCAGAGCAGUGUGCGACGCACUUUACCAGAACCACAGAAUUGAUGCGAUUUUAUGUAC